AUGGCUGGGCCUGAAACCACAAAAGCCUCCGUUAACACCGCCACCACCUCCGACGCCAACGUUCAAUCAAGCAAACCGGUGGCAGUCAGGAGGUUUGUGGGAGUUCGACAAAGGCUCUCGGGAAGAUGGGUAGCAGAAAUCAAGGACUCGUCUCAGCGUGUAAGGCUGUGGCUGGGAACUUACGAUACUCCCGAAGAGGCUGCUAGAGCCUACGAUGAAGCUGCUCGAGCUCUUCGUGGGGAAAAUGCCCGAACCAACUUUGCAGUUCCGGUUAACCAGAUCAACUCGAGCAUGUCGGGUUCUGCUUCCCUUUGUAACGUGGGAGGGGCGCUGCAGCCGUCACAUUCUGAUGGGCGGCAUGGACUCAGCUUCUCUUCCUUAAAGGCUAGGUUGAGCAAAAACCUGCAGAGUAUCAUGGCAAGGACGAGUACUACUGAGAAUAACAAGUCCUCGUCAAAAAGUAGGGUGAGUGAUCAGUCUACUUUUGCUAAGAUAUUUCACUUCAGAAAUUAUAACCAAUACCAAGGUGGCCGCCAAAUGGAUAUGAACAACAACAGCAUGGAGAAAGUGGUGCAGCCAAGCAUUGUUGUGCCACCCCAUGUGGAGACACAGCCUUGUUCUUGGGAAAGCUCGAGUGUCUCGGAAUGCAGUACUGCCGAGUGGGUUGGGUUAGGCAGGCAACAUGGACUGGAUUCAGAUGGAUCGGAUAUUGGGGAAGUUAGUUUUGGUCAUGAGCAUGGGUUGAUCAUGGAUCACCAAAUUGGGGGGUGGAUGGAUAGCCCAGAAAUGGGUGUAUUUGGUAGUAGUUGUACUGGUGAGGGUUCAAGGAGUAAGAGGUUCAAGGUUUCAUCUUCUGUGAUGGUGCCUCCAACUUUUAGCGGGUCUCCAUAUAACUAA